AUGAGAUUGAGCAUCCGCCCAGAAAUCACCCGGGUCGGGAACGUGCAGCUACGCGAGAUGUCUUCUGUCUCGGAACUGGACGCAGGCGGUCAAGACACAUCGGGUGAUGGCACGGCUAACACCUCUGUCAAUCAGGAGAACAUUGUCAUCACUCCAGAUUCAAUCGAAAGCAUCGAGCGCAAUCUGGCAAUCGUAGUUCCCUGCAUGGAUGAAGAUAUCACAGUUCUCGAAGGCCUUCUUCGUGGUAUUCCACAUCAUUGUUCUGUCAUCUUCAUCUCGAACAGCAACCAGACAAACUACAAGGCGGAGUGCGAGUCGCUGCUCAAAUUCGGAAAGGUUGCAAGUCGAUCUGUUAUGGUACAUCAUCAAGGUGAGUCAACCUUCGCCCGCGCCUUCAAGGAAGCCGGAAUGCCAGAGCUGUUGCAACACCCAGGAACAAGUACGCCCGAGGGGAAAACACAUGUUCCACGCAUGAACAACGGAAAAGGAGAGGCUAUGAUACUCGGUGUGAUCAUCACGAAGCUUGUUGGACGUAAGUUCGUCGGCUUCAUUGAUGCUGACAACCGGAUUCCCGGAUCCGUCCUCGAGUACUGCAAAGUAUACGCCGCUGGGUUACAUUGGGCAUUGUAUCACAACAGAGAUACCGGACAAAAUCAGCAUGCCAUGGUGCGUAUCAAAUGGAAGUCAAAGCCAAAAGUCAGGAACGGCGAGCUCGAGUUUGAAGAGUUUGGACGCUCCUCGCGUGUCGUGAACGAAUGGAUGAACCGCCUUCUGAAAGUCCUCGGAGGUGACGCUACCCCAAGAACCAUGAUCGGAACCGGUAACGCCGGUGAACACGCUAUGGAUGUUGAGCUGGCCCUGAAGCUACGAUUCGCUACUGGUUAUGCUGUCGAGCCAUUCCAGCUGAUCGACUUUUUCAAACCGCCCGUCCUCAAGACCAGUGCACAUCUUGCAGAUUGA